AUGGCCUACUCACAGCAUCAGCAUGCCUCAGGAGGACGAGGCAAGCCAGGGAUGAUCAACCUCGACAAGAUCACCAGCAAUUCCUCCUCAGGGAUCCCAUUCAAUCAUAUCGCAUUUCUCGGGAUUGCAAAGUUAGUUCAGGCAGCGAGUGCCCACUUUUUGAGAGAGUGGAUCAAACUGGAGCACAAGCCUUUGGGAGUCGUGUUGUUUUGUAUCCUAGCGACUGCUGCUGUUGUCCUCCUGGCGAUUGAGCGGCCGUGGUCGAGGCCCGCAGGCAUGGAUACCUGGAAGUGGAACAAGAUAAUGGUCUAUGGUGCAGCAUUGGCAGGACAGAUGUACCUCUGGCUUUGGGGUCUGACAACACUUUCAACACUGAGGGUGCUCAUGUUGACACAGUACGCCAAUAUCUGGAUGGUGGCAGUCUUGGCCGCGUUGGUCGGAAAGCGUUCCUCGUCCCAGACUCAAUAUUCGUUUGUGGUUCUCGGAGGAGUUUUGGCUUGCUUCAUUCUGGACAUUUGCUAUGCGCCCGCAGGAUCUCACUUCAUCAUGAUUGCCUCCGGUUACGUCGCCAUUUUGGCAUCGACUCAACUUUCAAUCUAUCAACGCGGCGUGGCAAGAAGACUCUCGGCAGAGAUGGGCAACAACAAGACACUCCAUGCAGUCGCAGUCGCCACCGCAGCAGUGGUUAUCAGCCCCGUUGCGUUGGUCCAGAGCAUGAUCUCGACCCAGUCAGGAAGUGUUUAUACCCACACCCCAUCUUGGUUCGUCUACCUGAUCCUGGGCAUUGGUAUGUUUGUGCUUGAUUUCUAUGUCAACCAGUCGAUCAGCCAGCGCGUCGUCCCCUUGUGGCAUGUCUUGACAGGAUGGCCUAUUGUUCUGGCCAGUUCGUGCUUCACUGGGAUUAUGGUCACCAAGGCCAUGGGCGCCAAUCUGUUGGACUUUUUGAUUGCCGUCGUCAUGUUGUAUGGGAUCCAUGAGCUCUUGCAGGCCGAGGCUGCGUCGAACGAGUCGAGAUUCGAUUCUGAGGAGGGCGGUCGACUUCAUUCCAACCUUCCUACCCAUGGCGACUCGAUCUCGUACUCUGGCGGCAGUUUCACCUCAGGAGGGGUUGCUGAUCUGGGCAUCUAUAUCAAGGCGAUCCUUGCCGAUAACGACUCCAAGCAGAUCUUUUACUUUUUGUGCCUGAACUUGAGCUUUAUGUUCGUUCAGAUGCUCUAUGGUGUCUGGACCAACAGUUUGGGCCUCAUCUCCGACUCGAUCCAUAUGUUUUUCGACUGUUUGGCUUUGGGAGUGGGAUUGUUUGCAUCGGUGAUGAGCAAGUGGAACGCCAACAGGACAUUCACAUACGGAUACAACAGGAUCGAGACCCUCUCUGGCUUCUCGAACGGCAUCUUUUUGAGUCUGAUCUCAAUCUUUAUUGUGAUCGAAGCCAUUGAGCGUCUGGUGCACCCUCCAGAGAUGAACACCCACCGGUUGCUGCUGGUCAGUUUCUUGGGCUUUGUGGUCAACAUGGUCGGCAUCUUUGCCUUCAACCAUGGGCAUGCGCACGGACACUCGCACGGGCAUGAUCAUGGACACGGACAUGGGCAUGAUCAUGGGCAUGGACAUAACGCCAAUAUGCAGGGUGUGUUUUUGCACAUCAUGGCAGACACGCUUGGAUCUGUAGGAGUUAUUAUCUCGACGCUGUUGAUUGAUUGGUUUGGGUGGACGGGAUUCGACCCGAUUGCGUCAAUGUUUAUUGCGAUCUUGAUCUUCUUGAGUGUCAUCCCACUCAUCAAGGACUCUGCAGCUGUGUUGAUGCUUGAGGUCCCGGACUCGAACCUUGGUAGUAUCGAGCAUGCCCUCCAAGAGGUGACGAACGUGUCAGGAGUGGCUUCAUACUCCAGCGCCCGAUUCUGGCCCAACUCUCCCGAAUCCAUGAUCGGCACCAUCCAUAUCCAAGUGUCCGGUGACCAAUCGUUGGAUACAAUGGCGAUCCAACAUUCUGUCGAACAGGUCUUGUUGUCCAACAUCCACGGGCUGAGCCAGGUCGCUGUCCAGGUCGAGAAGGAAGGUCCUAAUGGGUUCCAAUCUUGCUUCUGUAAUGGAUCACGGUUAAGGAAUGGUGUUGCUGGUGGAAUUGCGGGGUUGAAGCAGGAUGGGAUGGGUAUCGGUAUGGGUAUGGGUGGUUGGACUAGCUAG